AUGACUGUUAUUUCAUGUACAAUAAGUUCUAUCGCAGAAAUUAUAUUUAAUCUUUUUGAAUUAAUUGUGAGUAAUUCUGUAUCUACAACAAAUGGAUUUGACGAGUCUUCCAUUAAAGAAUAUCAUCAAAAUAAUAUAAGAUUAUUAGAAAUAUUAACAAAAAAUGAUGUUAAUGUAGUUAGAUCAUAUGGUUAUUUCAAAUACAAUGCAGAACUGAUUAAAUCCUUCAAUUUUAUAAUUAAACCAUUUAUUAUUGAAGGGCAAAUCAACAAUGUACCAAUAUUGACAGAUUUUGAAGUUUGUAUCAAUCAUUCAUUGAUACUUUUGGAAAUUUUAUCCCCUAAAAGUAUAAAAUGGCACACACACAAAUAUGAUAAACUACACUUUUGUUGGGUUUUCGAACCACAAUAUGUUACAAAUCAGAUUCUGUUUAAUGAAGAAGAUGCAAUUAAAUCUGACAUAAAUUUCAUCAAAACAUUGUAUUAUUGUAUUACAUGUACCAAAAUUUCUGAUAUUAAUGAUAGAGAUGCUGUAAAACAAAUGUUAAAUGUAACCAGUGGAUUAUUAACAUGGUCAUUAAUAUCACUCUAUGAAAAAUAUUCUAGUGAAGAUGUUAAAUUAUUUCAGCCAAAUAAUUACUGUUUUAAGGUGGAUAUUUAUGGCAACAUUGUAAACAUUGCUAAAGAAUCGUGUAUGAUAUAUCCAAUUUGUAGCACAUACCCCAAAUGUAAAAAUGUCAAUUCUGAUUGGCAAUAUCUUAGAUAUAUAUUUUAUAACAUAUACAACAACAAAAUAUUUUCUAAUCAAAUUUCAAAAAAUAUCGAACCAUUUGCUAUUAAAAUUUUAUACAAUCUAUUAGAAGACAUUCAAGCAACAGACACUAAUAAUAUACCAAUAGUACUACGAUUAAUAUAUUCUGGUGGAAAAAAUGUUAAAUUGUCUUGUUAUCAAUAUUUAAUCAAAUAUCUAAGUAUUUAUAAAAUUCCAAAUGACAAGUAUAUUAAGAUAAUACUUGAAAAUAUGAAUUACAAUUUUCCUACUUCCGAAUCGCAGUUAUCACUAUUAUACCCGUUUAUGGAUUGUUAUAUCACACUUUUAACUUAUGCAACUCAUGAAAAAACAAUUUACGAUGGCAUUUCAACAAUUAUAGACAAUUUAUGGGAUAUACGAAAUAUUAACAAUAUGCCUAUUAAGGUGUUAAAGAUAUAUAUAAAACUGGUCGAAUAUUGGGAAACAGCGUCUUUUCUUCACCUUGAAAAAAUAAAAACACUUACCUUUAACAUUUUGGAACCGGAAAAUACAAACUCAAUUAUAUAUGAUGAUAUAUCAUAUGGUUUGGAGACUAUUGUUAAAUUAUUGAAUAUAUACAAGGGAGAUAUCAAGCAUUAUUGCUAUGACAUAUACUACCGUCUUUGGAAUAUUUAUGUAACAAUUAAAUUUGAGUAUGUUGAUGUAAAAGUGAAAAGUGAUUCGGUUAAAAUAAAUGUAAUACCACUUAUUGAUUUACUUGAUAAAAUUAGACAAAUUACCAGACUGUGUAAUACUUAUUUCACUGGAGAUUAUUGCAAAAAAUGCAUUGAUCAAUUAAAAUUGCAAGUACAAAACACCAAUCAAUUAUCUAUGGUGAUUGAAGAUGUGCUAAGUAUAACAACUGAGCCCUACUAA